AAUCGAUGCUCUCUCGCUUCCUCUUCCUCGCCGCGCUCGCAUUCUCGCUCUUCCUCCCCCCCGCGCACUCCGCCUGGUGGAACAUCCUGUCUGUCAAGCCCAGGCGACCCCCUCGCCAGGCCGCCAAUGGGGAGGAGCAGCCGGAUCAGGUACACAAUGCGCUGCCUCUCAUGGAUCAUAGGGUUCCAUUCGAGAUGGAGACGGCGUCGGUGCCAGGCAGUGAGAGGGGCGGCAAGCUCCUCGAGGAUUUGAAGAAGAAGCUGCAGAGUUCAUGCUGGCACAGCGCCUACUCGAGCCUCUUCUCCAGUUGCCGUGAGGUGCUCAAGGAUGACAGCAAGAAAAUGAGGCUGGCUUACAAGUUUGCCGAUUGCUUCCUUCGGAGCUCCGGUAAGGAUCCUUUGAAAUCCUGCCCGGAUUCUUCUCCCGUCAAGGAGUGUACCAAGUCUCUCACCGAUCACCGACACCAUCUUCUUCUCCAAUUUUUCAUCGACAUCGCAUCGAUGUGCCACCACCUUCAGAGCGAGGCUUUUAAGCUGGAAACGGAAGAAGUGAUCGGCAACCUCAAGGACUCGGCUCACUGGGUGGAAGAUAAGCUGGCUGUGAUGCAGAGCCAGGCAAGGUCGAUCUUAGACAACACGGACAAGAUCUUCGGUUUGCAGCAGCGGCUGGAAGAAGAGUACUUUGUUAUGAAGCGAGGCCUGGUUGAGAUGCACGAAGAUCUCAACAAAGGCAUCUUUCACCUCAAGGAGUACGCGGACGAGACGAACAAACACAUGGUGGCCGUGUCGUCCUUCCAGAGGGAGCUGGCGGAUCACCAGGAGAAGAUGGUUCGCCAGCAGCAGCUUCUCUCGGAGAACUUGCAAGAGGAAGUGUCGAGCUUGAGGUCCAAGGCGGAAGACAUCAACAGCAACGUUGUCAAGUCCCUCUCCGGACAGGACGAGCUUCUUUCCGGCCAGGAAGCCGCGCUCAGUGGCCUAGCAAGCCUCAAGAGAAUACAGGAGAAAAUGCAAGAGGACGUGCUUCGAGAGAGCAAGCGGCUCCACGAGAUGCAUCAACGACUGGCUGACGGAUCCGAGGCUAUACUCAAGGCCCAGGAAGUAUUUGCGUCCAAGCAGGCUCUCAUUUUCACGUCCCUGGAGCGUCUCUUUGCGUUGCACAACGCGAUUCUGACCGAGUCACGGACCGUAAAGGCUGUUCUAUUCUACGUUCCCGUUGCCAUACUGAUAUACCUCAUCACCGGCACGAGGCAAACGAGCAAUGGAAGGGUCGUUCUUUACGCUGGCCUGUGUCUCUCUUUUGCGGCCGAGUUUUGGUCGCUACGUCUUCCAAAAUCCAGCCCUUACUAUCAACAUGAGUAUCUGACGAAUGCGCUUUACAUACGAGGAACUUAUGCUGUUGCAGCUAUUCUAUACGUCUUCUAUUGCAUUCUUACCUUCAAGGACUAUGCGAGCUUGAGCUACAAGAUCCUUUUGGACAUGCAGAAACGACUAGAUGAAAAUACGAGCUUCCUCGGCUCUUUGUACUUUGGGUCUUCCACUUCUGAAGCGCAGAAUGGAGAUUUUAGCCUCUUGGCCAAUGUUCCACGCUUCAGAGGAUACGAAGAUGAAGGCGAACGGAGCAGGAAAGACGACUACUCGGAUGAUCCGGACUAUGACCCUCAAGAAGACUCCGACUGCGAGGAGCUUCAAUGUACUUUCUCACGCGACUAUAACCUCCGUCGAAAUGAGUGGCCGUCCUCUAGCUCGGAGUGCCGCGAUACUCAGCUGGGAGAACGAAGAAAUGUUUGUAAGUUUAUUCAGGCCUCUUUCUCCGAGAUGAAGCUAAGGAGCAACUAUAAAAAAUCUAUCUGCAUAGGGCAUUCAGUCACGGGCUUGCGCAAUGAGGGGUCUCUUGACGGAGCGCGUAUUUCCAACAGGUGUAUGGUUCACGUCUCAAGGCAAGUCGGGAUUUGUAAGGAGAAACGGUGGUGGUGCUAAGUUAAUAUGGAGGAGGGGCAGGUCGUGGGACUACUUGUGCUUGAGAAUUACUGCUUCGCAGGAGGAUAGUUCUUCGUUUGUGAGCACGGUACCAGACGAAG